CCAAGAAUAAAAAAAAAUAGAAAUCAAAAUUCUUCGCCGCAUAAACCUUCGCGAACAGAAAUGGCUCUCAAAUGGGUUGUUUUAGGCUACGCAGCAGCUGCUGAAGCGAUCAUGGUGAUCCUCUUGACGAUGCCAGGACUCGAUGGUCUCCGAAGAGGAUUGAUCGCCGUCGCACGUAAGCUCUUGAAACCGUUUCUAGCGAUUGUACCUUUCUGUUUCUUCCUCCUUGUGGAAAUCUACUGGAAGUACCAUACUCGACCUUCCUGCUACGGCGAUUCAUGUACUCCUUCCGACCACCUCCGUCACCAGAAGUCGAUCGUGAAGUCUCAGCGUAACGCGCUACUUAUAGCGUCAGCUCUCACUUUCUACUGGAUUCUUUACUCCGUCACGAAUCUCGUCGUUAGGAUCGAGCAGCUUAACCAGCGGGAUGACAGGCUUAGGAACAGGGUUUAAGACAAGCUUUGUUAUGUCGUUAGGCCCUUUUUUUCGGCGUUUUCAAUGUU